CGGCUCGGCUCGGUCCCGCUCGGCUCCGUUCGGCUCCGCUCGGCCCGCCCCGCCGCAGGGGUGCGCGCCUGGGUCCGGGUCCAUCACCGCGAGCCUGAUCCGGAGGUGAGAAGCGUCCCCAGGCCCCGUCCUGAGGCUGCGGUGGGGACCGGAGCAGCCAAAGGGGUCCUGGGCCAGUCCGGUGCCGACGAUGUUCCCGCAGAACCGGCCCCCGGCCCAUCUCCAGGCACCCUCCGCUGCCUCGGGAGCCGCUGUGGCCGCCAGCGCCAUCCCCAGCACCCCGCAGUCCCUCAAGCUGACUUACCCGGAGACCCUGGACCGCAUCAAGGAGGAAUUCCAGUUCCUGCAGAACCAAUACCACAGCUUGAAGUUAGAAUGUGAGAAGCUGGCAACGGAGAAAACCGAAAUCCAGCGUCAUUAUGUCAUGUACUAUGAGAUGUCCUACGGCCUCAACAUCGAGAUGCACAAGCAGACGGAGAUCGCGAAGCGACUCAACGUGAUCUGUGCCCAGCUCAUCCCGUUCCUGUCUCAGGAGCACCAGCAGCAGGUCGUCCAGGCCGUGGAGCGAGCGAAGCAGGUGACUAUGACCGACCUGAACGCGGCGCUCGGGCACCAGCUGCAGACCCAGCACCUCUCGCACCACGCUCCCCCCAUCCCUCUGACCCCCCAUCCCUCCGGGAUGCAGCCCACCGGCCUCGCCGGCAUCAGCACCGCCUCGGGGCUGCUGGCGCUCUCGGGGGCACUGGGGGCCCAGGCCCAGCUCCUGGCCAAAGAUGACCGAGGAGCCCAUGAGCCCGAGCCCAGGGAGCGAGACCCCGGCCCCAGCUCCCUGGUGCUGCCCAAUGGGGAGCGGGCACGAACCAUCUCUGAGUACCUGAACAGCAGCAAGAAGAGGAAAGUGGAGGAGAAGGACUUCGGGACAGACUACGGCAGCGACGCAGACAAGAGCGAAGACAACUUGGUGGUGGAUGAGGACCCCUCUUCCCCACACAGCGUCCACUCCUACUCCUCCCGGGAGAACGGGGUGGAGAAGGUCCCUGUGGGGAGGAAAGAGGCCCCACCGCUCAGCCCCACUUCCAUGGCCUCCUCCAGCAGCACAUCCCCAACCCGGAGCAAGGAUGUGCCCACGGGGGACAAGGCAGGGACACCCAGCCUCAAGUCCAGCACCCCCACAUCCCAAGGGGAUGCCACAGCCCCGGGCUCCAGUGGUACCCAGCAGUUUCGCCCCACAACCACCGCCAAGACCCCCGUGGACCCAUUGGCCCUGAGCCUGAGGAACCCUCUGGGGGUGCAGAGCCCCUACUCAGCCGCCUUCGGCAUGGCCCAUGCAGCCGUUAACGGGGACAUGGCCGGGACCGGACCCUACGCCAGCCUCCACCUCAUGUCCCCACAGCUCAAUGGGGCUGCAACUGCCAGCAGCUACGGGCGCUCACCCCUGGUGGGAUACGAUCCCCAUCCCCACAUGCGCGUCCCAGGGCUGGCGGCUGGAAUGCAAGUGGGGACGUCAGGGAAACCCGCUUAUUCCUUCCACGUCAGCGCUGACGGGCAGAUGCAGCCGGUGCCGUUCCCCCCGGAUGCCCUGCUCGGCUCCGGCAUCCCCCGGCACGCGCGGCAGCUCCAUGCCCUGAGCCACGGGGAAGUGGUUUGUGCCGUCACCAUCAGCAACUCCACCAGGCACGUCUACACCGGCGGCAAGGGCUGCGUCAAGGUGUGGGACGUGGGGCAGCCGGGCACCAAGACGGCCGUGGCUCAGCUCGACUGCUUGAACCGCGACAACUACAUCCGCUCCUGCAAGCUGCUACCCGACGGCCGCAGCCUGAUCGUGGGGGGGGAAGCCAGCACCCUCUCCAUCUGGGACCUGGCGGCCCCCACACCCCGCAUCAAAGCCGAGCUCACCUCCUCUGCCCCUGCUUGCUACGCCCUGGCCAUCAGCCCCGACGCCAAGGUCUGCUUCUCCUGCUGCAGCGACGGCAACAUCGUGGUGUGGGACCUGCAGAACCAGACCCUGGUCCGGCAGUUUCAAGGCCAUACGGAUGGAGCCAGCUGCAUCGACAUCUCCAACGACGGCACCAAGCUGUGGACGGGGGGGCUGGAUAACACGGUGCGGUGCUGGGACCUGCGCGAGGGCCGUCAGCUCCAGCAGCACGACUUCAGCUCCCAGAUCUUCUCCUUGGGUUAUUGCCCCACGGGGGAGUGGUUGGCGGUGGGGAUGGAGAGCAGCAACGUGGAGAUCCUGCACGUCACCAAACCGGACAAGUACCAACUGCACCUGCACGAGAGCUGCGUCCUCUCCCUCAAAUUCGCCUCCUGUGGGAAGUGGUUCGUGAGCACGGGGAAGGACAACCUGCUCAACGCCUGGAGGACGCCCUAUGGAGCCAGCAUCUUCCAGUCCAAGGAAACCUCAUCCGUCCUCAGCUGCGACGUCUCCACCGAUGACCAGUUCAUCGUCACCGGCUCCGGGGACAAGAAGGCCACGGUCUACGAGGUCAUCUACUGAGAGCAGGAGGUGGCAGACAGACACACGGACACCCCAUGGAUGGAUGGAUGGAUGGAUGGGGGGGGGGGGCUCUGCCCACCCUGCUCCUGCCUUCCCAAAGCAGAUCCGGGCCAGCCGAGGCAGAGGAGCGUGGCCAGGGCUGGAGGUGGCCCCGGGCCGAUGUCACACAGGGCUGGGUGAUGGCAAUGGGGACUUGCUCCUUGGUUUGGGCUCUGUUUGUUGGAUGGGGGGACCUGGGGGGUGGGGGUGGGGGUGUU